UCCGCCACCCUCCGCUCCUGCCCUUUGUCGCCAAGCAUCUGGAGAAGCCGGGUCCUUCCCUCCCGGGCUCGCGCUGUCCCCUGCGCGCGAUCCUUCCCCGACGGUGAACCCAACGGGAAAGGCCCAGAACUGCGCGGGGCUGCGGCCAUCUGCUCUCGAGCCGCUCCGCGUGUCUCUGCCGCCCCCUGCGGCCGCCGGAGCCUGCGCCUCUCUCCCUCCCGUGCCUCGGCUCCCAGAGAUUGAACCCCAGGUAACCGGGUCUGUCCACGCCCGCGGCCGCCUCUCCCCGGGUGUCGCCAGCUUCCUGCAUUUCCUGUGCAUGGCACGGAGCUCGGGUCUCCAGAGACUCUGCAUCUGGGGUGCAGCGACCGAUGAGCCCGUAAACCAGUCGCACACUCGGAGCGUGGAUGCUGCGUGGGGUGCGCUGUCAGCGCGGACAGGCUGGGAGAACGGGGGACGCUGGGGACAGGGAGAGCCGGUGAACUUCCCAGAACGUUCGCCUAGCCAGACCCAGCUGCGGGUACUGGGUUUGAGACGUGGUCCAGUACCCAGGAACUCAGUCUGACAGGGAGACAGCGCCUACACAGUGAGCCCAGUACUGAGGGAAGACCCGCUGGGAGGGGCGGCCUGGAUAGCCCCUCCACAGAGAGGUCAGAUGUGAGGUGGCCUUGAGGGAGGUAUGAUGUAAAUCCUGAUCAUUCGUUGUAUUUGAGGCUGUCCGUUCUCCUGUGCCUCCUCGGUCGCCUUACCUGGAUCUGUUCCCAUUGCCUUGGUGUGAUUUUAUCCACCGGAAACUGUCUUCAGCUAUUUCCCCAGUAACCUCUAACUAAAAACCUGGGUCUUGCCUGGUCUACCCUCCCCUGCUGAACUCCAGAGCCACAUCCCAACUGCUGCCUGACUUGUCACAGACACCAUGAAGCCCAGACUGAAGGAGCACUGGCCCCCUUGACAAUUCCUCAGCCCCAGCUCCUCCUUUCAGACUGGUGCCUCCACCUGCCAGACCCCUAGCUUUGAAGGCCAAUCUCAUCUUCGUCUCCUUCCUCUCUGGCUCCUUCAUUCAGGUGACAAGUAUACAUCAAAUGCCCAGCCCAACUCCCCCUCCCAGGACUCCAAUCUGGUGUCUUUCUAGCGGGGAGUCUAGGUUGCUCCCUCUGCUCUGGAGAGGCUUGGCAAAAUGCCUGCAGAGCUCCUUGAGCUCCACCUCUGAACUCCCUUUCAGCAGCCGGCACAGGCAUAGCAGCCCAGCCCACAGGUGCCACUGCCACUGAGGCAGGGACCCCUAAGGUAGGGCUACCCCCAGCCACAGGGGCUGGCUGGACUGCAAGAGGCUCCCUGCAGCCAGACAAGUAUGAAAAUGCCUUGUUGUUUUGUGCUGAGGCCCCCCAAAACACACCAAAGCAGCUGGGCCCUCUUGGCAUGGUAGGUUCUGCAAAGCACCCACUGUGAGGAGCCUGCGUGAACAUCAACCUGAUAGGGCCACCAGUGCAAAAGCAUCUUCAACAAGUUACAGUCAAUAAGGAAACACAUGUGUAGACACAUUUUUAUUGCCCAUUCAAGCUGUUUUUAUUUGCUGAAUUCAGAAUCCUUUAACAUAGUAACUCACAAAUAAGAUAGAUUUUCAUAGAUUUUCAAGACCUCUUUUGAGGAAACAUCUUGUAUUUGGUGAUCCCCAUCUGUAGCUGCAGCAAGCCAAAAUGGGCAGGAUGGGUGACAUGAGCUAGUGCUCCCAAGCUGGACUCAGAAAGAGUAGGAAGAGAAAGGGCUAAUGUCUGAGCAGUCGGGUGGGCUUCCUAGAUGAGGUGACUGUCCUCCCAGGAGCUGCUACUCAGAGUAGUUUCUUGUCCUCCUAAAGUUUAGAGUGGAAAUACUUUGCAAAAGAGGUCCCCAACCCUAAGUGUGAGGGCUAAGCUCCUGGGCUUAGUAGGCAUAUACAAAUGCCCCCAGGUGGGUGACAUCAAGAUGUUCUGGUCCUAGGUCUGCUGAGAGCCUCUCCUGGGAAUGUUGUAGGUACUGCCUUUCCCUUUUAGGAAACACCAUAUCCUCCUACCACUAACCCCCAUCCUUGCCCUAACCAGCAAUCUGUAACAUCCUGGGCCUCAGGGACGUGGGUGGAGGGUGACUCUGAGCUCCAGAUAGUGUCUAGGAGGCUCAAAUAAGCCUGCUUUUUGGUCCUCACCCUAGCCAUGGGCCACCCUACUCUGCACUCCCUACCAAGCAGCUCAGAGAAUGGAGGCCAGCGCCCAAAAGUCUCCAUAGUUCAUAGGGAGCCCCAAACCUCAACACUGCCCUUUCCCAAGCCUCAAAAUUUCUCUUACCCUGACGCAGGCACACCCACUCAACUCUUACCCUUGAUCCCCCUCCCAGGACCAGAAGGGAUUGAUUUCUGACAGAGCCUCACUUUGUCGCCAGGCUGGAGUGCAGUGGCGCGAUCUCAGCUCACUACAACUUCCGCCUCCCGGGUUCAAGCGAUUCUUCUGCCUCAGCCUCCCAAGUAGCUGGGACUACAGGCGCGUGCCACCACGCCCAGGACCCACGCAGCCACCCAGCCUCAGCACUCAUCUGCGCAGCCAUGGAGGCCCUGGGACCUGGGGGCGACCGCGCCUCCCCGGCCUCGUCCACUAGCGGCCUGGACCUGUGGCAUCUGUCCAUGCGCGCGGACUCGGCCUACAGCUCUUUCUCCGCAGCCUCCGGCGGCCCCGAGCCGCGCACGCAGUCGCCGGGGACAGACCUCCUUCCUUACCUAGACUGGGACUACGUGCGUGUGGUUUGGGGCGGCCCGGGCCCCGCCCCGCCCGACGCUGCCCUUUGCACAUCCCCGCGGCCCCGGCCCGCGGUUGCAGCCCGCAGUGGGCCGCAGCCAACAGAGGUCCCGGGGACCCCGGGGCCACUGAACAGGCAGGCCACCCCGCUGCUGUACGCGCUGGCGGCCGAGGCGGAGGCCGCGGCGCAGGCUGCCGAGCCGCCCAGCCCGCCGGCCUCGAGGGCCGCCUACCGCCAGCGGCUUCAGGGCGCGCAGCGGCGAGUGCUUCGGGAGACGUCGUUCCAGCGCAAGGAGCUCCGCAUGAGCCUGCCCGCCCGUCUGCGGCCCACUGUCCCAGCGCGGCCCCCGGCGACUCACCCGCGCUCCGCCUCGCUCAGCCACCCGGGCGGGGAGGGGGAGCCGGCGCGCUCCCGGGCUCCCGCGCCAGGAACUGCCGGCCGGGGUCCCCUCGCCAGCCAGCAGCGGAAGUGGUGCUUCUCAGAGCCAGGAAAGCUGGAUCGUGUGGGUCGGGGCGGUGGGCCGGCGGGGGAAUGCCUGGGUGAGGCCUGCUCCAGCUCUGGCCUCCCUGGGCCCGAGCCCUUGGAGUUCCAGCAUCCGGCGCUGGCUAAGUUUGAAGAUCACCAGGUCGGAUGGCUGCCCGAGACGCAACCCCAAGGCUCCAUGAACCUGGACUCCGGGUCCUUGAAGCUCGGUGAUGCCUUCAGGCCCGCCAGUCGGAGUCGGAGCGCUUCAGGCGAAGUCUUGGGUUCCUGGGGAGGAUCAGGAGGGACCAUACCCAUUGUCCAGGCUGUUCCCCAAGGAGCAGAAACCCCCAGACCAUUGUUUCAGACCAAACUUUCCAGGUUCUUGCCUCAGAAAGAGGCUGCGGUGAUGUAUCCUGCAGAGUUACCCCAGAGCAGCCCUGCCGACGGUGAACAGAGGGUCUCAGAGACCUGCAUUGUGCCUGCCUGGCUCCCCUCCCUUCCUGAUGAAGUGUUCCUAGAAGAGGCCCCACUGGUCAGAAUGAGAUCACCACCAGACCCCCAUGCCUCCCAGGGGCCCCCAGCCAGUGUCCAUGCCUCUGACCAGCCGUAUGGAACUGGCUUAGGCCAAAGAACUGGCCAGGUUACAGUCCCCACAGAGUACCCGCUCCAUGAGUGUCCAGGAACUGCAGGGGCAGAUGACUGCUGGCAGGGGGUGAAUGGUUCUGUAGGUAUUUCCAGGCCCACAAGCCACACCCCCACUGGGACUGCAAAUGAUAACAUCCCAACUAUUGACCCCACUGGACUGACCACCAAUCCCCCCACAGCUGCAGAGAGUGACCUCCUCAAACCUCUCCCAGCUGAUGCCUUGGAACUUUCAGGCAAUGAUACUCCAGGUCCCUCUCACAAUACUGCCCUAGCCAGGGGCACUGGCCAGCCUGGUUCCAGGCCCACAUGGCCUAGUCAGUGCCUCGAGGAGCUGGUUCAGGAGCUGGCCAGAUUAGAUCCCUCUCUAUGUGACCCUCUUGCUUCCCAGCCCAGCCCAGAGCCACCCCUGGGCCUGCUGGAUGGACUGAUUCCUUUAGCAGAGGUCCGGGCUGCAAUGUGGCCUGCCUGUGGGGAGGCUGGAGAGGAGGCUGCCAGUACUUUCGAGCCAGGGUCCUAUCAGUUCAGCUUCACCCAGCUCCUGCCAGCUCCUCAGGAGGAGACAAGGCUUGAAAACCCUGCCACCCACCCAGUGCUUGACCAGCCAUGUGGGCAGGGGCUCCCUGCACCAAACAACAGCAUCCAGGGCAAGAAAGUGGAGCUGGCUGCCCGCCUCCAAAAGAUGCUUCAGGACCUUCACACGGAGCAGGAGCGGCUGCAGGGGGAGGCACAAGCGUGGGCCAGGCGCCAAGCGGCUCUGGAGGCUGCAGUGCGCCAGGCCUGUGCCCCUCAGGAGCUGGAGCGGUUCAGCCGGUUCAUGGCCGACCUAGAGCGCGUGCUUGGCCUUCUGCUGCUGCUGGGCAGUCGCCUGGCGCGCGUGCGCCGCGCCCUGGCCCGGGCGGCCUCAGACAGCGACCCUGAUGAGCAGGCCUCCCUGCUGCAGCGACUCCGGCUCCUGCAGCGGCAGGAGGAGGACGCCAAGGAGCUGAAGGAGCACGUAGCGCGGCGCGAGCGGGCCGUGCGGGAGGUGCUGGUGCGAGCACUACCGGUGGAGGAGCUGCGCGUCUAUUGCGCCCUGUUGGCGGGCAAGGCCGCCGUCCUGGCCCAGCAGCGCAACCUGGACGAGCGCAUCCGCCUCCUUCAGGACCAACUGGACGCCAUCAGGGACGACCUUGGCCAUCAUGCCCCGUCUCCCAGCCCGGCGCGGCCCCCAGGGACCUGUCCUCCAGUUCAGCCGCCCUUCCCUCUUCUCCUUACAUAGUUAUAGGUGGAGAGGGUGGGGUGCACCGCCCCUAUCUCUCACCCACGUAAGUGGGGUGAUGCUGAUUUAGUCUCUGCUUUUCCCUUGAGGGAUUGGGGAGGACCCAGUCCAGGCCUUUCUAAGAUACUCCUCCAGCCGGGCGCGGUGGCUCACGCCUGUAAUCCCAGCACUUUGGGAGGCCGAGGCGGGCGGAUCACAAGGUCAGGAGAUCGAGACCAUCCUGGCUAACACGGUGAAACCCCGUCUCUACUAAAAAUAUAAAAAAUUAGCCGGGCGUGGUGGCGGGCGCCUGUAUUGCCAGCUACUCGGGAGGCUGAGGCAGGAGAAUGGCGUGAACCUGGGAGGUGGAGCUUGCAGUGAGUGGAGAUCGCGCCACUGCACUCCAGCCUGGGCGACAGAGCAAGACUCCGUCUCAAAAAAAAAAAAAAAAAAAAGAUACUUCUCCAAAGUGUUCUCAUGUGGCCUCACCCAGGUCUCGUGGAUUAUUUGGUAAUUAAUUUAUGGAUCUUAAAAACUGCAGUAUUCCCCCAUUUUGUGAUGAGAGUGUGGGGCUGGCAGGGGUUGGUUGGAGGGAGGAGAGAAGACAGAGGAGCACUUAAGGUGCAAAGCAGCCUAUUUUUUCUUCAAUAAAAAUUGUUAAGAGAA